CCUUCACUUCUUCAAAACUUGCUUUUCUUAUUUAAACAGGUUCAGCAAGCCAAUGUUGAUGACGAAGAGAUUGCUCGUGCCGUCAACUCCAAGCUCGGAGAGACUCCUGGGAUAUCUUACUCAGAAAUAGCUUCAAAGGCAGUGGACUGUGGACGAACGCACCUGGCCAUCAAGGUUAGUUGAGAGCAUUCACAUGAACAGUAUAAUUAUAGACUAUACGUUCCCAGUUCAAUUUGGGACAUAAACUGGUGUCUUCCGUUAGUAUUUCCUUGCUAAAUGCACGAGGUUCAAAAUAACGUGGGUUGAUAUAGAAUGGGAUUUUUACCUGCGGGAUUGCGUUUACUGUGGGUAAUCAAGAAUUUUUUCCGUACCUGGAGUAUUAAGACCUCGCUUGCUUUCAGCGCUCCACUUUAUCAGGGAGCUUAAGCAAAGACGACGACGACGACAGUGAAAACGUCACUAAGAAAAUGAAUUUCCGUCCUUUCAAUCUUUAUCGCGUCUAUUUGGAACCGCUUAAUUCGUUAAAUGUAGGCGACUUUUCCUGGAGUUAAAUUCCUAUUGUCUUUAUCCAUGUUCAAAUAGAGAACGGAAAAUUUGUUUUCGUAUGUCCACGUCCUCCAUAAAACGUCGCAUUGGGAGGUUUCACGUCGUAAUCGUGCAGUGGACGUCAAAGAAAUGUACCAAAAAGCGUGAUUCACGUGCAGAGCAGUCGUUUUGCUCAUAAAACCAAUUGUUGUUUGACGUUGUUGUUGUUGCAAAACAACGGGCGCUUUCCAUUCAAUCAAAACGUUCAAAGAUUGGAAAAAGCGGCAAAUGGUACAGAAAUGUCCAGGAAAAGUUUCCAGAAAUUCCGAAAGAUGUUGAAUUUCCGAAAUGUGAACCGUGCAUUCAAUCGAAAAUUCUAGAAAUUCCCGGAAGCAAAGUUCAAUGCAAAAAAAAACUUUCCGAAAAAUUUUUUUUUAAAAUUUGGGCACCCGUCGAGAAACAAAACUUACGGCUGCAAAGAAGAGCAAUGGGGGAAAGAAACAUCGAGGGUUUUAACAACUGACGUUUUUAAUUCAAUAUAAAAAAACAUGUUGAAGUUUUAUGCUCUAGCCCUUCGUCAGACUGACCGAAGGGUUAGCACUCGAAAUGUCCCUACUAUGCCAAAUUUCCUAUGUCAACUUAAUUGAUUAAUAUAAAUUCUUAGCUUUCACCGUGGUUUGCUCGAGGGGUUACCAACAUGCUCGUUUCAUGGGACGUCAACAACACCUGGAACAGACCGGAUCAGAUCAACCCCUGUAACUUACUGAAUAACGAAAGGUAAGGGAUAGUGCCUCUGGGAAUGAUCUGAUCCGGUUCUGCGGUCCAGGUUUUGUCUACGGCCUUUCUCGUGGCUUCGCCGCUUGUGCCUCCACGAGGAGACCUGCUUACAGCCUGGCUUAAAGCCAGCCUUGACCUUUAGCUGGAGCAAUCUCACCAUAGUAAGCUCGUCGUUUGACAAUCGGUAAACGAGCCUAUCAUAGCCAAUUCAUGAUUCAUAAUGUAUCUUUCAAGAUGCUCACAUCUUCUUGUUUUUUUUUUACCUGUAGCUUUUGGACUAUGAGGCGGAAGCCGCUGACCAAGUUCCACUGCUCAUGCGCAUGAAUAAAGAUGACCUAGCGCUCGAGAAGGCCAUUGUGAGUGGAGACACGGAUCUGGGUGAGUUGUGAGUGGGUACCACUGCGGUUAGUUACAGCAGUUUGGUGAUCUUUUUAGUCCGUUUUGUUUCGUCGUUGUCGCUCAAAAGCCGACUUAUAGGAAGGUCUAUCGUUAUGUUGAAAUUGUACCAAAGGUUCAAAAAAAUUAGAAUCAACUUUUUCUCAGCCUAAAAGUUGGCGUUACACUAGCGGUGUUACAAGCACGGGCAGAGUUGCAAACCGUAAAACAUUUUUGAACUUGUUUUGUAGCUUAUUAUUCUGAUCUUUUCUUGCCGUUGACACAAUUUCAAGUAUAUUUCAACCAUCUUGAUCCUUACAUGCUCUCCUCCAAUGGUAACAGCUUUCUCUGCUCAGGUGAUCAAAAUUGAUGGAUCUGAACCGCCGUCAUCCAAAACCCGCCUACUUGAUUUUCCCCUGUAUCUAGAUGACAUUUCAUUUUUGUUGUCUUUUUUUUCUUUCUAGUAUUUAUGGUUGUUAUGCAUUUGAAGGAUAAUCUAACCCCUGGCGAGUUCUUGAUGGCCAUACGUUACCGUCCUGUGGCACUCAGACUCCACAUCAAGGUGAGUCUAUGAGAAAAGAGUUGUGUAAAUGAGUGUGUAUUUGUUCAAGGCUCCAACCAAGAGAAAACUUGCCGUGAGGUCCUUCAACGUAACGCUAAUAUUGUAUUUGCUAGGAAACGUUUUUCCUUUUAUACGUAUACUCUUGAAGAUCACAAAAAUGACGUCAAAAUGUUGGAGGAGUGAGUGGUUUUACGGUAACGUUUGUACCAUCUAAUGUCGAUUCUUUUAAAUGUCGGAGCCUCGGCAGUGAAAAAUGGCUACUUGUCUAGCUAUUUGUUGUUGUUUUGCGACAAUGUCUUGGAGAAUCGCGCUCAACAGACAGAGACAAGAAGGAUCUUUCGUUUCUAUUCUCUGUACUGUCAUGAACAAAACCUGUCGACCAAUCGGGGCGCAGAAAACACUCGGUUAUUGUAAAUCAUUAAACUGUGUGGCAGGCGUCUUAAGAGGUAUUGAAAAAAGUGAAAGUGGGAAAGGGAAGCCUGCUCUAGGACCACCUUUUUCAUUUCUACUACCUUUCCCCUUCACUCUCUUUCCCUCUCUCUCCCCCUUCCCUUGUUUUGUACCUGCCACGCAGGCUAUUGUGAAAUCUAUAUAUUCACUUUGGCAUGACUGUGAUUUGUCUGCAGUACUGUAAGGAUCAGGAUCGCCGUACACUUGUAGACCUGUUCUACCAGGAUGACCAGUUUAUUAACAGUGGUAAUGCCUUUGUGCAGGACAGCUAUAGCGAGAAGGUAUCAUAUAAAGUAGCUUGAAAUGCUAUCAUGCUUAGGAGGGGAUCUGGUCGCAAGUUGUUUUAUUAUUUUAUUUCUUUAUUGGCUUAAUAUGUAAUUUCAAUUCUGAGCAAAGGUUCGCACGCUUCACUCCGUUUCUUCAUGGCGUCAUAGAAUAUUUUUGUUGUGACUUUAUCAGACUACCAAGUUCCGCUUUUACCUCAUUUCCGCAUGGCGUUUUCCGGUUAGAAAAUGGGAGAAACUUACUCCUCUUAAGGUCAGCAGCACUCUUGUUUAUUUUGAACGUCAUUGAGAGCCGAGAAUACGUGUAGCAACUCUUAUUUUUAAUUUAACUCGUUCAUCUCUUAUUCUUAAACUGGAAACCUUACCAAAAUUCGUUUUAAUCAUAACCAGUGAUAUCUACUACACGUGCGCUUAUUGUUGCCAGCCCUCAAUUCGGCGACCACGUGACCAAAGAAACGACAAGAAUAGGAUUCGACUUAAGUCAACAAGGUAUCUGCUAUUUUUCACAGGUGUCGUAGAGCCAACAAAGCGCACACGCCUGAAAAUCGCAACUUGCAAGGAAGGCCGUCACACAAAGGGUUAAAUGAGUUGCGUGACGCCUUCAGGUCGCUCUUGCAAUCUGGUCCUCAGAGCUUUUCUUAGCCUUGUCUGGCAGAACAGUCACUUUUAGUGCUAAACCAGCAGGAUCAAAGCCUUGGGAAGGUCAUGUUGCAGCUGCUCGGAAGAAAAGUCACCAGUGGUGCCUAACCCUGACCCCAAACAAUACUGAAACAAUUGAAAGAAUGACAUGUCAUUUUUUUCUGCGGCCAAUCAGGAGAGACCUUCCAAGCAGCUCCUACACAACUACCUUGGGAAGGAUAUUGGCGCUGACGCUUUUAUUCCUUGAGAAAUGAGAGGCAGUUCGUCAUCACCCGUCAUAGAAUAGAAUCAUCGUUUUCGUAUCACUUGUCAGUACAUUUGACAUAAAACCUGAUUUCUCAUGAUUUUCUUCUAUUUUUAUUGUUUAGGCAAUAGAAUCCAAGAUAAUAACAUUGUCUAAAGCACAGAUGUCUUACCAGCAAGGAGGAUUUCAGUUCUACUCAAAGGUGUGUGCUCUUGACUUUGUUUCUUUGAUUUAAAAUACUCCAAACUCCACCAACGCUAGGGUCACCCAUUUCUUACUACAGUAAAACCUCUAUUAAGCGGACCCCCAAUUACGCGGACACCCUUUGUUAAGCGGACUCUAAGCCGGGUCCCGAAAUUAACGUCUUAUAUUAGCCUUUAUGACGAAUCCCAAUUCAGCGGACACCUCUAUUAAGCGGACGAGGACACUAAAAUAAAUUGUAUUUGGCUAAUUUCUAUUGUUAAAAACCUCUAUUAAGCGGACACCGGACUGAAUUGACAAUAGUAGUAUUGGAUUACGUCCUUGAAAUACAUACUGUAGUCGAUUAAUAAGGAUAAAUCAAUACAUUUAGCUGUCAAAAGUUGACCUAAAAGUCUUGCACCAUGUAAAGCACAGCUUCCUUAGCGUCCUUAACAACAUGGAACUUUAUCACAGUACAGAGUAACCUUUGAACGUUAAUCGUUAACAAACAAUGUGCAAUUUUUACAAAACCUCUAUUAAGCGGACACUUGGGAAGGUCCGGAAGGUGUCCGCUUAAUAGAGGUUUCACUGUUUGUGGGAGAAACAGAAGAGGGACGUUGUGCAUUUCUUAGUGAUCUAGGAUAAGGGAUAAACUUGAGAUAUUCGAACCAAAAGCACCCAGAAACUCUCCAGUCCUCUGUGUUUGAUUAACAAAUGCCUUGACUAUGCUCUGUUCUGUUAUAAAUCACGCAGAAAGCGCCGGGCUAGGGCACGAAAGAAAUGUAGGGGGAAACACGAGACGUAGUCGAGUGUUUCUCCCCACUUCUCAAGUGCUUUGUAACAUAACAAAGCACAGUAAAGGUUUCUUUAGUAGUUUUAUGAUAAAGAAUCCGUUAAAUUCGCCACACAUUACUUUCUAAUUUUCAAAACAAACUGAUAAACACGCUUUUUAAGCCAAUCAGAGUGCGCGUUAUACUGCUCUGAACUAUAAAUAUCUCAAUAAAAUAUUUCCUGUCAGUGAUACAUUCUAUAUACGCGCGAUUUAAUUUUUCAGGCAACAGAAGAACAAAUGAAACUCAUGGUAUAA